AUGUCUUCCAAACCAACAUUUGUCUUAGUCCCAGGAGCAUGGCAUGCUGCAUCAACUUGGGACAAGGUCAAGGCUGUCCUAUCAACCAAAGGCUACAAAAGUGUUGCUGUGACUCUUCCAUCUACCAAUGGCGAUCCAAGCGUCUCCUUUGCGGACGACAUCAAAGCUACUCGUGAUGCUAUCACGCUCGAGACCACAGCAGGACUCGACGUCGUGGUAGUCGUACACUCGUACGGCGGCUUUGUCGGCCUAAGUGCCAUCAAAGGGCUCUCAAAGAAAACGGCACCUUCAACCGCAACAGGCCACGUCAUUGGCGUAGUCCUGAUAGCGACAGGCUUCAACACGGCAGGCAUGAGUUUCCUCGACUGUGUGGGCGGCACACCUCCACCCACAUGGAAAGCCGAUACCGAGACUGGCUUUGCCGUCAUCACGGCCGACAUCAAAGACAUGUUCUACCAUGACCUCCCUGACGAAGAGGCAGAAAUGUGGGCGAGCAGGAUACUGCCCCAGUCGCUCAAAGUCCUCAAGGAGGGCGGCGAGGAUUCGUACGAAGGGUGGCGGGACGUGCCGUGCUGGCAGUUGCAGACUACGGAGGAUAGGGGGCUGCCGAUUGCGAUGCAGAAGAUGGUGGUUCAGAUGGCUAAGGACAGGGGUGUGGAAUUGGAGGCUCGAGAGAUACAAAGUAGUCAUUCGCCCAUGUUGAGUCGGCCGGAGGAGACGGUUGCGUUUUUGGAAGAUGCGGCCAAGGCGUUUGGGAAGUAG